UGUGAUCAUUUUGAUUUUCUAACUUAUUCAUUGAAUGAAGAAGUAAAACAGCUCAAUAAUGAAAAAAAUUCCGCAAAAUAUCAACAAAAGUAUGGUAAAAUGAAAGACAAUGUUGCGCAAACUGUAAAUAUUCACACAAAAAUGUAUGAAAUUUUUAAUAUGGUCGCUGACUUGAACAGUGGAGUCAUAUUUUGGCUUCUUCCUGCCAAUGUCAUCUUUUUUGCUCUGGCGCUUUACAAUGCAGAACACACAUCAAGUGCUGACAUUGUAUUGAUCAUUUAUCAUAUUAUCUGUAUGGGCACUUCAAUGCUAUGGCCAAUUUUGUUCUGCUAUUAUGGAACCCACGUUAUCAACCGAAUUUCGUUAAUUGGAUUUUCAGCAUAUGAUGCAAAUUGGUUCGAAUAUCCGUCUGUACUUCAGAAGUACUUGAUUUUAAUCAUCGCACGUUCACAGGAGCCAAUUCAUUUUGAUGGCUUAAAUAUUAUUUAUUGUACAUUGGAAGUUUUUGGAAAAUUGUGCAAAACAAGCUGCUCAUACUAUAUAUUAUUUCGCAGUCUAUCUCAUAAUUAAUUAGUUUAAAUUUAUCCUACAC